CCCCCCCCCCCGGCCGCCUAUUUUCUUAUUGUUUUCUCAUAAAAGUAUGGGGUUUAGAAUUUUUUAUUUGUGUUUCUCAAAUAAACGAAGUUUAGGGUUCUUUUAGAAUUUUAUUCGUGCAUUUUCCAUGGUCGAUCACACAUCUCCUUCUUUAGAAAUAGUGGUCUAGUUCUCUGUUUGCGCAGUUAAUCAUUUUUGUUGCAAUAGUAGAGAUUUGUCAGCCGCGGUUGAGAAAAGGAAUAACGAACUGUACCGAGCGGAUCACCUGUAAAUCAACCGGAGGAAGCCGCUCGCCAUUGAGGAUCUAACAAUGGUGGGAAGAUCCUUCAAGGCUUAGUUUGAGGAAUCAUUUCUCGGAAAUUAUUUGUAUGGUUAUGGAUUCUGAUGGCGUUCAUUUGAGGCGUUUGAAUAGUGACUGUGUUGCAAAGAAUAGUCUUCCUGAAGAAACUAACCAAGAUGGAUAUAUGCGUAGUGCAGCCUGUUUACAUGGAAGAUGUGAAAAUGCUACUCAUGAAGAAAUUAGGUGUGGUUUAAUUAAUGUUGAAGACUUUCAUCAAAAACAACAAUCCAUAGAAAGGUCGGGAUCUGAUACAGCAGAGAAAAUCCACGAGUAUGCCCUCCCAAGUAUUGGGUCUGGGAUUAGAGGCAAUGGGUGCACUCCAGAUUUUAGUGAUGGAAUCUGUAAUGAGCUUGGUGGCACCUCUGUUUCUGUGAAUUGUGAUCUUCCAAGUUUCGAGGGUUCAAAUGCACCUUCGGCACAUAGUCAUUUGAAAAGGCACAAAGAUGGGAGUUUCCAAGAUCUAAUUAAUUUGUAUAAUGAGCAGGACUACUUAGAAGAUGACGAUGAUAAUGAUAGUGACUGGGAUCCUUUUUCAGCAUCUUUGGUUAAUAAGAAGUGGUUUUGUAUCAACUGUACUAUGGCUAAUUUUGAUGACGUCCUACAUUGUGAUGUGUGUGGAGAGCAGCGAGAUACAAACAUCCUUACUGAUGGUAUUUUUUCCACACAAGGUGCAACAGAAGUUCCUAUAAUUUUAAAACCAGUUGAUGUGUUGGAAGAAAGGCCAGCUUCAGAAGAUAUCACUCUAGUUGGUUUUGAUGAGGGAAUGUUGCUUCACUUAGAGGUUGAGAAGAAACCACAUCCACAUCCAGAAAGACCAGAUCGACUUCGAGCAAUUGUUGCAAACCUUAAAACGGCUGGUAUAUUUCCUGGAAAAUGUUUUCCACUACCUGCAAGAGAGAUCACCCGUGAAGAGCUAGGGAUGGUCCACACUUCUGAGCAUGUUGAAGCUGUUGAAUCAACAAGCUUUAGUCUAUCGAGCUAUUUUACACCUGAUACAUUUGCAAAUGAACAUUCGGCUCGUGCUGCAAGGCUUGCUGCGGGAUUGUGUUCAGAUCUUGCCUCCACUAUUAUGUCUGGGAAAGCAAAGAAUGGUUUUGCUCUUGUUAGGCCUCCUGGACAUCAUGCAGGUGUGCAUCUUGCUAUGGGUUUUUGCCUCCACAAUAAUGCAGCGGUUGCUGCAUUGGCAGCUCAGGCUGCAGGUGCAAAUAGAGUUUUAAUUGUUGAUUGGGAUGUACACCAUGGAAAUGGAACGCAAGAAAUAUUUGAGGCUAACCCAUCUGUGCUCUACAUAUCUUUACAUAGACAUGAAGGCGGGCGAUUUUAUCCUGGUACUGGAGCUGCUGAUGAGGUUGGAAGCUUAGGUGCAGAAGGUUACUCAGUGAAUGUUCCUUGGAAGUGUGGGGGAGUUGGUGAUAAUGACUAUAUAUUCGCAUUUCAGCAUAUUGUGCUUCCGAUAGCUAAACAGUUUUCUCCUGAUCUGACCAUCAUAUCAGCUGGAUUUGAUGCUGCGAGAGGUGAUCCCCUUGGCUGUUGUGAUGUGACCCCAGCUGGAUUUGCGCAGAUGGCACAUAUGUUGAAUGGUCUCUCAGAGCGAAGAUUGCUUGUUGUUCUUGAAGGAGGCUAUAAUCUGCGCUCAAUAUCAUCAUCUUCAAUGGCAGUAAUCAAGGUUCUGCUUGGGGAGCAUCCUGGAUGUGAAAUGGAUAGUGUCGUUCCUUCCAAGGCGGGCUUGAAAACCAUUUUGGAGGUUAUGGAAAUUCAGCUGAAGUUCUGGCCUACCUUAGAAGCAAGUUACAUGAGGUUGAGGUCCCAAUGGGAGGUCUCUUGUCUCCAAAAUAAAGGUCACUUUCUUUGGUAUUCCAGGAAAGCUGGUGAAGAGAAAACGGUGCAUUGUGGGAGGGCCGAUAUGGUGGAAAUGGGGACGCAAGAGGGUCAUGUAUGAACUGUUGUUGGGCAGACGUGUGGUAAAAAACAAAGGGUCCUCCAAGAAGGCUCUGAGGAUUUAGUUGCAAUCUCAAAAUACUUUUGGGUUUUGCUUUGUUUUGUGACUUUUGAUUAGAGGGAGAAUGGUAACCAAUUUCACCUUACCUUAUUUUAUUAAGUUCUAGCUGCAGUUUGGCCUGACAAGGGCCUCUUAUGGGGCUCCACGUCCUUGUGUAACUCUCGCGCACUGGUCUGUUCUUCCAUCUGGAUUUUGUCACAAGCUAAUGGCCAUUUACCCCCCUAUCCGGUGGUAAUAGUUCAUGGAAAUUUUGCGUUUGUGACACGUCACAAGAGAGGAAUCAUUUAUAGUAAGCUGAAUGUGUUACUCAGUGGAGUGUGUGCCUGUACACAAUUGAAAUGAUUUGAAUUAUUAGCUUAAUGAUGUAAAUUAAUAUCAAUAUCAGGAUACAACGAGCCAGCUCAAGCCAUUCAUUA